AUGGAAGACAUCAACGAUUUGUGCGAUAACCACACGUGUGAGAAUGGAGGAAGUUGCUAUCAGUAUGAUGCUUCAUAUUACUGUCAUUGUAUUAGUCCGUUUGUUGGAGAACAUUGUGACAUGGAAGACAUCAACGAUUUGUGCGAUAACCACCCGUGUGAAAAUGGAGGAAGUUGCUUUCAGUAUGAUUCUUCAUAUUACUGUCAUUGUAUUAGUCCGUUUGUUGGAGAACAUUGUGACAUGGAAUUAAGUCUUAAUGAUGAGGGUAGGUUAUUGAUUCACCAACCGACUGGUACCUACUCUGUAUGUCUGCUUGACUGGGAUGACAAUGAUGCAUCUGUAGCAUGUAGAUUUCUGAACAAACCCGGUAAAGGUGUUGCCUAUAUGUUACCUCAUUUGGAAGAUUUUAAAAGACAAAGUUAUUUGCUAAAUUGCGAAGGUCACGAAGACUCGAUCGAUCUCUGCCAAGGACAAAGUGGAGAUCAUAUUGAUAUAAGGUGUGAAAAUCAAGGUGAUGCUGCAUUGGAGUGUAUUGAAGAGGAAAUGUUAGCAGAUUAUUUGGGAUGCUAUAAAGAUGAUACAAACCAAGACGUCACCGAUUUGUGCCUUAACAACCCUUGUGGUAAUGGUGGUACAUGUCAUCAAUAUGAUGGUGCAUAUUACUGUGAUUGUGUUAGUCCGUUUGUAGGAGAACAUUGUGACAUGGAAGACAUGACCGAUUUGUGCGAUAACCACCCGUGUGAAAAUGGAGGAAGUUGCUUUCAGUAUGAUUCUUCAUAUUACUGUCAUUGUAUUAGUCCGUUUGUUGGAGAACAUUGUGACAUGGAAUUAAGUCUAAAUGAUGAGGGUAGGUUAUUGAUUCACCAACCGACUGGUACCUACUCUGUAUGUCUGCUUGACUGGGAUGACAAUGAUGCAUCUGUAGCAUGUAGAUUUCUGAACAAACCCGGUAAAGGUGUUGCCUAUAUGUUACCUCAUUCGGAAGAUUUUAAAAGACAAAGUUAUUUGCUAAAUUGCGAAGGUCACGAAGACUCGAUCGAUCUCUGCCAAGGACAAAGUGGAGAUCAUAUUGAUAUAAGGUGUGAAAAUCAAGGUGAUGCUGCAUUGGAGUGUAUUGAAGAGGAAAUGUUAGCAGAAUAUUUGGGAUGCUAUAAGGAUGAUACAAACCGUAUCCUUGACAACCUACACAUUCACGAAUUGAUGAACCUAGAAAUGUGCCAAGGAAUUUGUGAGGGAUAUACGUACUUUGGUCUUCAGUUUCAUUUCGAAUGUUAUUGUGGGAAUUCUUUGGGAGAUCCAGAUGUUUACGAAAAGAGACCCGAAGAAGAAUGUACCAUAACUUGUGCUGGCAACGAACGACAAAUUUGUGGGGGUGAAUGGAGAAUUUCUGUCUAUCAAGGUCACAGUGAAUACGUCACCGAUUUGUGCCUUAACAACCCCUGUGGUAAUGGUGGUACAUGUCAUCAAUAUGAUGGUGCAUAUUACUGUGAUUGCUUUAGUCCUUUUGUCGGAGGACAUUGUGAAAUCAGAUUGGAUCUAAGUGAUGAUGGCAGAUUAUUGAUUCACCAACCGACUGGUACCUACUCUCUAUGUCUGCUUGACUGGGAUGACAGUGAUGCAUCUGUAGCAUGUAGAUUUCUGAACAAACCCGGUAAAGGUGUUGCCUAUAAGUUACCCCAUUCGGUAGAUUUUUAUAGACUAAGUUAUUCGCUUCUUUGCGAAGGAGACGAGAAGUCAAUCAAUCAGUGUUCUGGAGAAAGUGGGGAGCAUAUUGACAUGGCGUGCCAAGCAGAGGAUGAUGCUGCAUUAAAAUGUAUUGAAGAGUGUAAUCCUGACACAGAAGUAAGAUGUAAUAGCCUAGGACCUGGAAAAUGCAUAUCUAAAGAUUGGAUCUGCGAUGGGUGGGAAGAUUGCGAGACUGGUUGGGAUGAAUUUGAAUGUGAAGAUGUCAACGAUUUGUGCCUAAAUAAUCCCUGUGGUAAUGAUGGUACAUGUCAUCAAUAUGAUGGUUCAUCUUACUGUGAGUGUGUUAGCCCUUAUGUUGGAGGACAUUGUGAAAUGAGAUUAGAUCUUAGUGAUGAUGGUAGAUUACUGAUUCACCAACCGACUGGUACCUACUCUCUAUGCCUGCUUGACUGGGAUGACAAAGAUGCAUCUGUAGCAUGUAGAUUUCUGAACAAACCCGGUAAAGGUGUUGCCCAUAAGUUAUCCCAUUCGAUAGAUUUUUAUAGACUAAGUUAUUCGCUUCUUUGCGAAGGAGACGAGAAGUCAAUCAAUCAGUGUUCCGGAGAAAGUGGGGAGCAUAUUGACAUGGCGUGCCAAGCAGAGGAUGAUGCUGCAUUAAAAUGUAUUGAAGAAUGUAAUCCUGACACAGAAGUAAGAUGUAAUAGCCCAGGACCUGGAAAAUGCAUAUCUAAAGAUUGGGUCUGCGAUGGAUGGGAAGAUUGCGAGACUGGUUGGGAUGAAUUUGAAUGUGCAUGUAACAUGGACUAUCAUGCAAGGUGUGAUGCAAGUGACGAUGGAAUGUGUCUCAAUAAAACUUGGAUUUGUGAUGGAAUUAGUGACUGUCAAUCUGGAUGGGAUGAAGAUAAUUGCGGAUGUGAUUUCAAUACACAUGUCAGAUGUAAUGACAAUAAUCAUGGAAAAUGCAUAUUGAAAGAAUGGAUUUGUGAUGGAUUACAAGACUGUGCGACGGCGUGGGACGAAACUUACUGUGAUUCUGACACUAAUCAAUGCAGUCCUGAUGCUUUUGACUGUGGAGAUGGGAAGUGUAUAGUUAAGGAUCGUAGAUGUGAUGAGAUAGCAGAUUGCGCAAAUAUGAAAGAUGAAAUGGACUGUCCAUGUGACCUUAAAACCCACUCAAGAUGUGACGAUGAUGAUAACGGCAAAUGCAUUAGUAACAGUUACAUUUGUGACAGAACUGUGGAUUGUAUAACAGGGUGGGAUGAAGAAAAGUGUGAUUGUAAGAACAACCCAUUCAAAUUCCAAUGCAAUGAUGGAACAUGUCUGUCUAUUGCAAAAAGAUGUGACGUCUACAUUGAUUGUGGAAUGGACGCUGAAGAUGAACAGGACUGUCCAUGUUCCUCACCAACACAUUUCCAGUGUUUGACUGGAACUUGCAUACCAGCCAACAGACUUUGUGAUCGUAUCCGAGACUGUCCAGAUGAAGAGGAUGAACUUUUCUGUGAUCGACCAAUUAAGGAGGAAUGUAAACCAGGCUAUGCUGCAUGUGGAGAAGAUAGAUGUAUCUUGGAGGAGUUCAUGUGUGAUGGAUACUAUGACUGCUUAACCCACACUGAUGAAGCCAAAGAAAGGUGUUAUCCAGAAAAGGGAUGGCCAAAACCAGAUCAAGGACAGGGACCAGGUGGUUCUAAUGAAGUGGAUAAAGUUAACAGCGGGCCUACAAAUGACGGGUCCUCGGAUAGAGACCACGAGCCCGGUAGUAGUGCAAACAAAUGGAGCAUAGAUGAUUUGUCUUCCUACUUCAAUGAAGCUCCCCUUUCGACAAACACAAGCUUUGUAUGUUUGUUGAUGUGUCUGUUGUUAGCCAUUAUUUCAACAAAGCCGUAAUUGACACAUAUCAAUUGGUCAUUACUGUAUUCUUAUAACUGGUACCAGAGCUUCAUUUGAGAGAAAACAAUGUGUGUGUGUUUGUGUAUUUUACUUUUCUGAUCAUUGUCAAUGACAUGUUUUAUACUAGAUGGCAGAUAUUUAUCAUUUUAUAAUCUCGGUUAACUCAGAAGCAUAUAGCGUCACUAUAUUUGUAACAUAUUGCGUUUGAAGUAUAUAAACUAUCAUGUUACUGUAUACUGUAUUGUUUGAAACAUGCCUCAUAUGAUAUUUUGUAAACGAUAACUUAUAGAUUUUAUA